AGGGCGGGCCGGGCACCCGCAGGGGAAGCCUGCAACGCAUGCGCGAGCCGGCCGGCGCGCCCCCUGCAGGAGCCCGAGUGGACGCGUCCUCCAGCUGCCUCGGGUCGCCGGCGCCCCCUCCCCGCUGCGGCGGCCUAGCAGCUGUCAGCAGUGGUCGCCGCAGCCGCCGCGAGGCCAGAGCAGGGCCGGAAGCCGAGGGAGGGGACCCCGCGAGAGGGCAGCGCGCCGGCCAUCGCCGCCCGGGUGCUGAGGGUCGGUGCCAGAGAGUCAUGCCAGCGAGCCCCGGGCCCAUCCUGACCUCCUGGGAGGCGUCAGCACUCCAGAGCUCCAAGGUCACCCCGCCACACUUCAGAGGCCUGCCUGCCCCACCCCAGAGCCCUCUGUGCAGGGCCGCCUCCCCCCAGCCAGACCUGCUGUAGCCCCAGAGGACGGCCACCGCCAGAAGCCUCUCCCAGGACUCAGACUUUUCCAGAAAAGGAAGUCAUCAACCCCUGUGACCAGAAGACCUCUUUGGACUGUGACCUUUUGACAUCCCCUCGUGGUAGAAGAAGAAAGUUCAUCUUGACCAAGCCAGACACCCAUCAGCCCACUGUGGGGAUGACCAGCCCUGGCUGGACACACUGCUUUCCCCUCAGAGCCUAAACCACUCUUGAAACUGUUCAUGGACCACAGACCUUCGUGGGUCUGAGAGCCGUGAAGGGCUCCUCUCCGCUCCGCCCGCAUCCUUGGCACACGGACGGUGACCAGGAGUUGGCCCGGGGCUCCCCUCCUCUGCCGCCCACACGGCCCGCCUUCGGCCCAAGCCUCGGCCCUCGUGCCCACAGCUUCCGGAACGUGGCGCUUCUAAUCGUGGGCGUCCCGGGGUCUUCCUGAGCUGACCCGGAUCCCCCUUCUCUGCAGCCGCGGCCACACUGCGAGCGUAAGCCCUGUGCUGACCAUACCUUUCCCGAAGAACCGAAGUCGGCUUCCCAGCAGAGGACGCUCUUGGCGCACGUGCCAGCGACACCCCAACUUCUUGUCUCUGGUCUGUGACCAGCAUUCCUUCGGUGAGGAUGGCGGUGCUCAGGCAGCUGGGGCUCCUGCUCUGGAAGAACUACACGGUGCAGAGGCGGAAGGUCCUGGUGACGACCCUGGAGCUGCUCCUGCCCUUGCUCUUCUCCGGGAUCCUGAUCUGGCUUCGCCUGAAGAUCCAGUCCGAGAACGUGCCCAACGCCACCACCUACCCCGACCAGUCCAUCCGGGAGCUCCCACUCUUCUUCAGCUUCCCGCCCCCGGGAGACGCCUGGGAGCUGGUCUACAUCCCGUCCCAGAGCGAGGCUGUGAGGACCGUCGUGGAGACAGCCAGGAGGGCGCUGGUGAUCAACAUGAGAGUGCACGGCUUCCCCUCUGAGAAGGACUUUGAGGACUACGUGAGGUAUGACAACCACUCCACCAACGUGCUGGCCGCCGUGGUGUUUGAGCACGCCUUCAACCACAGCCGGGACCCCCUGCCGCUGGCGGUAAAAUAUCACUUACGCUUCAGUUACACUCGAAGAAAUUACAUGUGGACCCAGAGCGGCUCCAUUUUCCUGAAGGAGACGGAGGGCUGGCACACCACCUCCCUCUUCCCACUUUUCCCAAGCCCAGGACCCAGGGAACCCACGUCUGCGGAUGGAGGAGAGCCUGGGUACAUCCGGGAGGGCUUCCUGGCCGUGCAGCACGCCUUGGACAGGGCCAUCAUGCAGUACCACGCAAAUGCCUCCACUCGCCAGCUGUUCGAGAAGCUCACUGUGGUCGCGAAGAGGUUCCCCUACCCGCCUUUCAUCUCGGACCCCUUCCUCGUUGCCAUCCAGUACCAGCUUCCCCUGCUGCUCAUGCUGAGCUGCACCUACACCUCGCUCACCAUCAUCCGGGCUGUCGUGCAGGAGAAGGAGAGGAGACUGAAGGAGUACAUGCGCAUGACGGGGCUCAGCGGCUGGCUGCACUGGACCGCCUGGUUCAUCCUCUUCGCCCUCUGCCUCCUCGUCGCCGUCUCCUUCAUGACCCUGCUCUUCUGCGUCAAGGUGAAGAAGGACGUGGCGGUGCUGGCGCACAGCGACCCCUCACUGGUGCUGGUCUUCCUGGUCUGCUUCGCCGUCUCCUCCAUCUCCUUCAGCUUCAUGGUCAGCACCUUCUUCAGCAAAGCCAACAUGGCCGCGGCCGUCGGGGGCUUCCUCUACUUCUUCACCUACACCCCAUACUUCUUCGUCGCACCGCGGUACAACUGGAUGACGCAGAGCCAGAAGCUCACCUCCUGCCUCCUGUCCAAUGUUGCCAUGGCGAUGGGAGCCCAGCUCAUCGGGAAAUUCGAAGCAAAAGGUGCAGGCAUCCAGUGGCAAGACCUCCUGAGUCCCGUCAACGUGGAUGACGCCUUCUGCUUUGGGCACGUGCUGGGCAUGCUGCUGCUGGACUCCGUGCUCUAUGGCCUGGUGGCCUGGUACGUGGAGGCUGUGCUCCCGGGGCAGUUCGGCGUGCCCCAGCCCUGGUACUUCUUCCUCACGCCCUCCUACUGGUGCGGGCAGCCCAGGAUGGUCUCAGGGAAGGAGGAGGACGACGACCCCGAGAAGGCGCUCAGAACAGAGUACUUCGAGGCCGAGCCCGAGGACCUGGUGGCCGGGAUCAAGAUCAAGCACGUGUCCAAGGUGUUCAGAGUGGGGAACAAGGGCAAGGCCGCCGUCAGAGACCUGAGCCUGAACCUGUACGAGGGGCAGAUCACGGUCCUGCUGGGCCACAAUGGCGCGGGCAAGACCACCACGCUCUCCAUGCUCACCGGUCUCUUUCCCCCGACCAGCGGACGGGCGUAUGUCAGUGGAUACGACAUCUCCAAAGACAUGGCCCAGAUCCGGAAGAGCCUGGGCCUGUGCCCGCAGCACGACAUCUUGUUUGACAACCUGACAGUCGCCGAGCACCUGUAUUUCUAUGCUCAGCUGAAAGGCUUGUCCCGCCAGAAGUGCCCUGAGGAGGUCAAACGCGUGCUGCACGUCCUCGGCCUGGAGGACAAGCGGGACUCUCGGAGCAGGUUCCUGAGCGGAGGCAUGAGGCGCAAGCUCUCCAUCGGCAUCGCCCUCAUCGCGGGCUCCAAGGUGCUGAUGCUGGACGAGCCCACCUCCGGCAUGGACGCCAUCUCCAGGAGGGCCAUCUGGGACCUUCUUCAGCAGCACAAAAGUGACCGCACCAUCCUGCUGACCACGCACUUCAUGGACGAGGCCGACCUGCUGGGAGACCGCAUCGCCAUCAUGGCCAAGGGGGAGCUGCAGUGCUGUGGGUCAUCGCUGUUCCUCAAACAGAAAUACGGCGCAGGCUACCACAUGACGCUGGUGAAGGAGCCUCACUGCAACCCCGAGGCCAUCUCCCGGCUGGUGCACCAGCACGUCCCCAACGCCACGCUGGAGAGCAGUGCCGGAGCAGAGCUGUCCUUCAUUCUUCCCAAGGAGAGCACGCACAGGUUUGAAAGUCUUUUUGCCAAACUGGAGAAGAGGCAGAAGGAACUGGGCAUCGCCAGCUUCGGGGCCUCUGUCACCACCAUGGAGGAAGUCUUUCUCCGGGUCGGGAAGCUGGUGGACACGAGCAUGGACAUCCAGGCCAUCCAGCUCCCUGCCCUGCAGUACCAGCACGAGAGGCGGGCGAGCGACUGGGCCGUGGACAGCCACCUGUGCGGGAUGAUGGACCCGACCGACGGCAUCAGCGCCCUGAUCGAGGAGGAGUGCACGGCGGUCAGGCUCAACAGCGGGCCUCCUCUCCACUGCCAGCAGUUCUGGGCCAUGUUCCUGAAGAAGGCCGCAUACAGCUGGCGGGAGUGGAAGAUGGUGGCAGCCCAGGUCCUGGUCCCUCUGGCGUGCCUCACCCUGGCCCUCCUGGCCACCAACUACUCCUCCGAGACCUUCGACGAGCCCAUGCUGAAGCUGACCCUGGGCGAGUACGGCAGAACCGUGGUGCCCUUCUCAGUGCCUGGGGCCUCUCGGCUGGGUCAGCAGCUGUCAGAGCAGUUGAAGGACAUGCUGCAGGCCGAGGGCCAGGAGCCUCGGGAGGUGCUGGGUGACCUGGAGGAGUUCCUGAUUUUCAGGGCCUCGGUGGAAGGGGGCGGCUUCAACGAGCAGUGCCUGGUGGCGGCGUCCUUCAGAGAUGUGGGCGAGCGCACGGUCGUCACCGCGCUCUUCAACAACCAGGCCUACCACUCCCCGGCCACCGCGCUGGCCAUCGUGGACAACCUCCUGUUCCAGCUGCUGUGCGGCCCUCGGGCCUCCAUCACGGCGUCCAACUACCCCCAGCCCCGGAGCGCCCUGCAGGCUGCCAAGGACCAGUUCAAUGAGGGCCGAAAGGGAUUCAACAUCGCCCUCAACUUGCUCUUCGCCAUGGCGUUCCUGGCCAGCACGUUUUCCAUCCUGGCGGUCAGCGAGAGGGCUGUCCAGGCCAAGCACGUCCAGUUUGUGAGCGGCGUCCAUGUGGCUACGUUCUGGCUCUCCGCGCUGCUGUGGGACCUCCUGUCCUUCCUCAUCCCCGCCCUGCUGCUGCUGGUGGUGUUCAAGGCCUUCGACGUGCACGCCUUCACGCGGGACGGCCACCUGGCUGACGCCCUGCUGCUGCUCAUGCUCUACGGCUGGGCCAUCAUCCCGCUCAUGUACCUGCUGAGCUUCUUUUUCUCGGCGGCGGCCACGGCCUACGCGAGGCUGACCGUGUUCAACAUCCUGUCGGGCGUCGCCACCUUCCUCGUGGUCACCGUCACACGCAUCCCAGCGGUAAAGCUGGAAGAACUUUCCAGAACGCUGGACCGCGUGUUCCUGGUGCUGCCCAACCACUGCUUGGGGAUGGCAGUCAGCAGCUUCUACGAGAACUAUGAGACCAGGAGGUACUGCACCUCCUCCACGGUGGCGGCCCACUACUGCCAGAAGCACAACGUCCGGUACCAGGAGAACUUCUAUGCGUGGAGCGCCCCGGGCAUCGGCAGGUUCGUGGCCUCCCUGGCCGCCUCGGGGUUUGCCUACCUCACCCUGCUCUUCCUCCUCGAGACCGACCUGCUGUGGAGGCUGAAGUUCUGCCUGUGUGCCUUGCGGAGGAGGCGGGCGCUGACGGAAGCGUACACCCAGACGCCAGCGCUGCCCGAAGACCAGGACGUGGCGGACGAGAGGAACCGGGUCCUGGCCCCCGGCCUGGACUCACUGCCGGACACGCCCCUGGUCAUCAAGGAGCUUUCCAAGGUGUACGAGCAGCGGGCGCCCCUCCUCGCUGUGGAUAGGGUCUCCCUCAAGGUCCAGAAAGGGGAGUGCUUCGGCUUGCUGGGCUUCAACGGAGCCGGGAAGACCACGACUUUCAAAAUGCUGACCGGGGAGGAGACCGUCAGUUCCGGGGACGCCUUCGUUGGCGGCUACAGCAUCCGCUCGGACCUCAGGAAGGUGCGGCAGCAGAUUGGCUACUGUCCCCAGUUUGAUGCGCUGCUGGACCACCUGACGGGCCGGGAGACACUGGUCAUGUACGCCCGACUGCGGGGCAUCCCCGAGCGCCACAUCGAGUCCUGUGUGGAAAACACACUGCGGGGGCUGCUCCUGGAGCCGUAUGCCAACAAGCGGGUCGGGACGUACAGCGGCGGCAACAAGCGGAAGCUGAGUGCUGGCAUUGCCCUGCUGGGAGAGCCCACGGUCAUCUUCCUGGACGAGCCGUCCACUGGCAUGGACCCCGUGGCCCGGCGCCUGCUCUGGGACACCGUGGCGAGGGCCCGUGAGUCCGGCAAGGCCAUCAUCAUCACCUCCCACAGCAUGGAGGAGUGUGAGGCCCUGUGCACCCGGCUGGCCAUCAUGGUACAGGGCCAGUUCAAGUGCCUGGGCAGCCCCCAGCACCUCAAGAGCAAGUUUGGCAGCGGCUACUCCCUACGGGCCAAGAUCCGGAGCGAAGGGCAGCAGGAGGCCCUGGAGGAGUUCAAGGCAUUCGUGGAUCUGACCUUCCCAGGCAGCGUCCUGGAGGAUGAGCACCAAGGAAUGGUCCAUUACCACCUGCCUGGCGAUGACCUGAGCUGGGCGAGGGUGUUUGGUGUUCUGGAGAAGGCCAAGGAGAAGAACGGCGUGGACGACUACUCCGUGAGCCAGAUCUCGCUGGAGCAGGUCUUCCUGAGCUUCGCCCACCUGCAGCCGCCCGCGGAGGAGGCGGGGCCGUGAGGAGCAGGGCACCCAGGCGGCUCCCCUCCCUCCAAGUUCACCCAACCCUGCACUCUACUUCUGAUCACUGUUUUCUGUGAUGGACGUGAGAAUCGAGGCACAGUGUGGACCAGGCAUAUCAGGGCCCUCACGCCGGAGUCAGCAGUCGCCAAAGCCACAACUCAAGAUCCCAGCCAGGGGCCGGGCCGGCCGGCUGUGCGGGCAAGCCGUGGGGGUCUUUGCACAGAGAGCCAUCCAGGAAGGGGCCUCACGGACUCCGGGGUUGAAUUUCCCUAAGCACUUAUAAGGGGUCCCCAGCGACACCCCACAUUCGCACCUGGGGCGGAACCUCCCGGACUGGUGUGGGAAGCCAACAGGACCGGUGUCAGCAGACUCCCCUGGCUGCCCAGGAUGGACAGAAAGGCACCUGUCGUCGUCCUCGGGGGAGACACGGCUGGACUGGGUGCUGAGGUCUGUGCUUCCACUGCGGCCACGUAGUCCUGGGAGUCCCUCUCCCGAGAGGUGGACAUUGCGCUACCACAUAGAGCCAGCCCUGCACCCGGCAUAAGCCCCCUGCUCCCAGCCCCAGAGGCAGCCAGCAUGGGGAGGCGUGGAGCCACCAGCCUGGACGCCAGUCAGGGACCAGCGAGGGGCCGAACAGCCUUCCCUGGAUGGUGCACCCAACGUGUGGCAACUGUCUGGAAAAUAAAGGCUGGGAGGGAACAUGA